AUGCGUCUUUCACCGACGAGUAGAAAGUCCUUAUAUAAACGCGAGACACAUGGGUUACAAAAGAUUAGUGUAACAAACGCGCAUGGGAAGCUGUCUGACCUAGAGGACGUGUUUGAGUACGGGCCGUUUACUUUGACGGGGCUAUUGGUAACAAAUAAACGGGAGAAUGGUCAGUUCAACGAGGAUAAUACGGUAGUUGGUCAUUCCAUUAAAAUCUCUCCUAUUUGGAUGUACAGCUUGCAUGAUGAAUCUAAAGAGGAAACAAUGAGGGUAUACAUUCCAACGUUGAAUCGUCGAUAUGUUAUCUUGUCUUCUUCAACAGAGUAUCAACCAUAUUAUGAAGAAAUAUUGGAAAAAAAUCGAUUAUUCUAUAUUCUAAAGAACAAAUUCAAGCAAGACAUGGUGCGAGGACAUUUGCAAGAUUAUGAUAGCUACAUUUCCGUUGUGAGCAAAAAAAUGAAUUUUGCAUCUGAGUACCAUUCUAUUUUACUAAUUCAAAAACACCUUCGAUUUUUAUUAUCGCAAAUGACCAGCAAUCAUUCCCUUCAUAUAUGGGCUGAAUCACCUUUUUUGCAGCGAAUUCGUUCUUCCUAUGAGCAUGUCAUAUAUGAAAUUCAUGCAAAUAUCCAAAAUGUUCGCUUUCGGAGGAAAGAUACGAAGCGAUCGUCAGUUACUGAAAAGGAGAAUCAAGACAGUCGCCCUCUGGAAUCUCAAAAACCACUUUCCCUAGCUUUUCAACCCGUUCAACCAGUUCACGUGGCGUCCCUAAACAUACAGCAACAACAGUUUUCUACGCAGACGCUUCCCGUACAAUACCCUCAUAAUGACUCUUGGCUUCCAGGUCUUCGGAUUGUCGAUCCAAAUUUUGAUGCUAUUACCCUGUGGAAAGGAAUACAAGAAGCGCAAGAAAAGUCAAACUUUUCUUCGAUUUCUCUUGAGGAGGCAUCCCAGUUGAUUGCUAAAGAAUCUCAAAGUACAAACUUGGAAGCAAAAACAAAAAUUAUAGGGCAUGGAGAAUCAUUGUUACAAAUGAUGUAUUUUACCCCUUCCUGGCGAGGAUCAGUUUUGUUUAAUGAUUUAAAGCAUGCUAUUGGAUAUCGAACUACAAUAUACCAAGCGAGAGUGCAAUUUCGGGAGCGUUGCCGACAGCAGGCUCAACGAUUCGAUCAUUCUGUCUUCAAAUUUGAAAAUGAAAAUGUUGGCAUUGAUCCAUUUUCGAACAAAUUAGAGCCUAGCAAAGUGUCUUUACCUUUGUAUGAUAUUCUUCUUAAACAACUAAGUCUUGGUUUGCCGGGCGCAGAUUAUACGUACGCUCAAUAUGUGCGUCUGCUAAGUAUGAAAUAUGCUGUACAACGAGAAAAAGUUGAAGAUUUAAUAAUUAGCAUUCUUCCUGAAUUUUUGCAAUGCUUUUCAAAUGAAUUAGGUUACUGGCCGGUGUUUUCUAUUUAUAGUUAUUUAUUUGAAUGUUUGAGGAAAUUAUAUCCUGAUGUUCGCUGUAAUAUUCCUAAUCUAUGGGACGAGGUGUGGCUCAAUAAAAAGAAUACUUUUUCGAAUCUAGUUAAAGGCUCCCCAGUAACGACAUCAGUUCCUGCUCCUUCCACUUCUAUUCCAUUUAACUCUCGAGAGGCCGCGUCGAACUCAAACAAACUGAACUUGCUUCAGUAUUCCGACGUUGAAGCUGAGAAACAAAGGCAGUAUAUGUUUUACGAGUUGCAGAAAGUUUAUCCUGUCCAACUGGAAUCUGAUAUACAUUCAGGUAUCUGGACUUGCCCCGUAAAGCGUUGUUUGUAUUUCUCUGUUAACGAGAAUCCGUUGAAGCCCAAUCCUAAUGUUUAUGUACAUUUGAUAGGUCACAUAAAAUCCAAACCUGUGUUGCAGGAUUUAUCCGAUACCAUGAGUACUUUGACUGAAGAAAUUGAAAUGGUAAGUCAUGAAAUACAAUGA